AUGGGUAAUGAAAGCUGUAUUUCAGGACACAUCUCUGUCACCUCCUCGGUUGUAACCAUGACUGUAGGCAUAGUCUCCAAUAUUUUGGCUUUGUUUAUCCUUCACAAAGCCUACCAACGAUUUCGUGUGAAAUCCAAAGCUUCCUUUUUGCUCUUUGCAAGUGGACUGGUGGUGACUGACUUUCUGGGACAUCUUAUAAAUGGCUCCCUGGCUCUUUAUGUGUAUGCCUCAAAUAAAGAUUGGGAGAGUUUUGACCCCAAGCAGAUUAUUUGUGGGUUCUUUGGAAUCUGCAUGGCUUUCUUUGGUCUGAGUCCACUUUUGCUUGGAGGUCUUAUGGCUGUGGAACGCUGUAUUGGAGUGACCCAGCCGCUAUUUCACUCCACAUCUUUGACCUCCUAUCAUAUAGUCAGACUGUUGGCACUGACCUGGCUUCUAGCUCUUUUGGUGGCCCUGCUGCCAGUGGUAGUGUGGCGCCCGUACCAAGUUCAGAGCUCCCGAAGCUGGUGUUUUUUCCGCUUGGUGGGGAUACGUGAUUGGCUGGAUGUUCUUCUCCCUAUGAUCUUUUCUGUCUUGGGGUUGCUAGCUCUUCUGAUCUCAUUUGUUUGCAACACAGUCACUGGAUUCACUCUGCUGUGGUCCAGACUGCACAGAGAACGAGACUAUCAUCGGCGCAGGACCACUCUUCAUUUUGAGAUGAUCUGCCAGCUACUUGCUAUUAUGAUGGUGUCUUGUGUGUGUUGGGGUCCUUUUCUGGUUAUCAUUAUCAUAAGCCUACAAGACCAAGAAGAAGUUACAUAUAGCCACCUAUUGCUAGCUGUACGCCUGGCCACAUGGAACCAGAUUCUUGACCCAUGGGUAUACAUUCUACUACGCAAGGCUGUUCUGAAACGGCUUUUUCUACUGGUACAGAGAUGUAAUGGUCUAUGUCCUAAACAUGCCUUUAGCUGGAGGUUUAGUGCUCUUGGGAGUUCUGUGGGGGCAAGCAGCUCUGUCAGCAGCAGGCCAGACUUCAUUUGCCUGGAUGGUCCAUUUAUACCUGACACACUCAUGAGACCAAUCAGGCACUUCCCAUGA